AUAGCUUUGGAUAGGAGCGCUUGGAGACUAGCUAUUAAUGUGACUGAACCUUGAAUUUAUUUCUUUCGGGUUUCAUCUCUAGCCUAUCCCAACUUGCUUGGGAAAAAAGGCUAUAUUGUUGUUGUUUCAAGAAAGUUAAACUGAGCCUUUGAAUAGUGUUCGUGGAAACAAAAGUAUAUGUCAAAUUCCUGAAAAUUAAACACCAUUUGAAUUCUCAGUUUCCAGAACCUUAAAUUUUUCUGAGCUAAACCAUGGUAAAAUUUUACCAGUAGUUUUUGGUACAGUAGACACAGGACAACAACGCAUGUCCUUUUGUCUCACCGACACGCGAUGAUGGAGAACCACGUGAGUGGCACAUUGCAGAACAUGUGCAUAGUUAUACGGCCAUAUAAUUAAUGUCGCACAGUAGUGUCAUUUUUCACCGAUCUUCAUUGCUCAAUUUAAAGAGUUUUCUGUACCUGCACGUUGGGGAAAAAAUAGCGAAAAAUGUUGCUUGGAUCGACUUCAUGAAUCGUCUUCAGACUUGAAUGUGGUCGAUCGGUACACCAAUCAAGGAAGCCGGUAUAUAAGUAGGAAGUUCAGAGCCCCAUUGUUUGUUCAGUGUUCACUGCCCUCCCAGCUCUCAAUCAAGUCUCAGCAACCGAGGCGGCGACACCGCCACGUACGCGCGCCAUGGUUGCCGAGCUCGCCGGCGGCGGCGGCGGCGACAUGCCCGUGCACAGCUACCGGCUGUCGACGGUGGUGCCGGGGUCGGUGACGGGGGAGGCGGUGGACUACGAGCUCGCGGACGCCGACCUGCUGCACAAGCUGCACUACCUCCGCGCGGUGCACGUGUUCCGCGCCCCGGCGCCGGGGGACGCCGCCGCGGCGCUCGCCGUCCGGGAGCUCAAGGAGCCCAUGUUCCCGUGGCUGGACAUGUACUUCCCCGUCAGCGGCCGGCUGCGGCGGCGCCAGGCGGCGGCCGGCGGCGAGGGGGGCGCGGCGGCGGCGGGGCGGCCGUACGUGCGGUGCAACGACUGCGGCGUGCGCGUCGUGGAGGCCGCCAUCGACGCCACCGUGGAGGAGUGGCUGGAGCAGGAGGCGGAACGCGGCGGCAUGUGCAAGGCGCUGGCCUACGACAAGGUCAUCGGGCCGGAGCUCUUCUUCUCGCCGCUGCUCUACGUGCAGUUCACCAACUUCAAGUGCGGCGGGAUGGCUGUCGGCUUCACGUGGGCGCACCUCAUCGGCGACAUCCCCUCCGCCGCCGCCUGCUUCAGCACGUGGGCGCAGCUCCUCAGCGGCAAGAAGGCCCCGGCACCCACCCUGCGCGACCCGCACACCAAGCCGCCGCCGGCCGCACCUGCCGGCGCGACGGCCCCGCCGUCGGUCAAGGCCGCCGCCGCGCCCGUCGGCGACGACUGGAGGGUCCCCACCGCCUGUGAAAUGGUGUCCAUCUCCUUCCACGUCACCGAGCAGCAGCUGAAGCGCCUCCUGCUCGGCGGGCGCCGUCAUCAUCAGGUGGGCACGUUCGAGCUCGUCGCGGCGCUGGUGUGGCGCGCGGUGGCCGCGAUCCGGGGCGCCGAGGAGGAGGCGGCGACGCGCACGGUGACCGUCGUGAAGACUGCCGACCCGGCGGCCGCGCCGGGCGGCGGCGGCGGCCGCCUCGGGCUGACCAACGAGCACCGCAUCGGCCACGCCGUCGCCCCGGCCGGCCUGCUGCCGGCGGCGGCGGCCGACGUCGCGGAGCUGGCGGCGGUGCUGGCCGGCGCGAGCCUCGACGGCGCCGGCGCGGUCGCGGCCGCGGCGCUGGCGGGGGCGGACGACGCCGACGCGGUCGUGUACGGCGCCAACCUGACGUUCGUGGACGCCGAGGGCGUGGACGUGUACGGCGGGCUGGAGCUCGGCGCGCGGCGCCCCGCGCACGUGGAGUACGCCGUGGACGGCGCCGGCGCCGGCGGCGCGGCCGUCGUGCACCGCGACGCCGGCGGGCGCGGCCGCACCGUCGCGGCCGCCGUGCGCCGGGGCGAGGCGGACCGCCUCCGCGCCGCGCUCCGUGACGCGCUGCGCGUUGCCUGACGGCCGAGCUAGUAGCUUGCCUUCCGUCAGCGGGUCAUCAAUAAAGAAUCUUGCAAGCACUUGAGCGCGUGCUCCCUUGUGCUGCAUGUGUUGGUCUGUUUAGUUCUGCGUUCUAGUGCACUUUUGCAAGCAGUUUAGCGUGAUUUGAACUAAAUAAUGUGGGUUAUGAACUUUCGAUGAUAUGAAUUUGCUAUGUUUGGUAGAUAAGUUCCUUUUGUGAAAAAAAACUAAUGUAGACACAAGUUAAAGUUUUGUUGUGUUAUCUUUGA